CUUGCAUGACAGCACAACAUAUAAACUCAGCUCGAUGUUAUCGUUUCCAACUAGAUCGAUGUUAUCGUUUCCAACUAGAUCGAUGUUAUCGUUUCCACUGUCACACCUGCAGCCACUACAUAUAUCCCAACAGAAACCGCAUCUCGAUCGUCGUGGCCCGCAAAUUAAGACCCAGCGUAGAAGAUGUCCUCACAAGUCGUGCGGUACUGGCCACUGAUCUUGGUGCACCUCUUGCUGUCGUCCGGCAGCGGGGCGACGGCCGGGAAGGUCCCCGCGAUCAUCGUGUUCGGGGACUCCACGGUGGAUCCCGGCAACAACGACUACAUCCCCACCGUCGCCAGGGGCAACUUCCCGCCGUACGGGCGCGACUUCGACGGCGGCGUCGCCACCGGCCGGUUCACCAACGGCCGCCUCGUCACCGACUUCAUGUCGGAGGCGCUCGGCUUGGCGACCUCCGUGCCGGCCUAUCUCGACGGUAGCUACACCGUCGACCAGCUCGCUGGCGGCGUCAGCUUCGCAUCAGGAGGCACCGGGCUGGACACUUUGACGGCAAAAAUCGCAUCAGUGAUAUCAAUAAGUCAGCAGCUGGAUUAUUUCAAGGAAUACAAGGAGAGGCUGACGAAGGCCAAAGGCCAGGCCGUGGCCGACGAGAUCAUCGCCGAGGCGCUCUACAUCUUCAGCAUCGGUACAAACGAUUUCUUCGUGAACUACUACGUCAUGCCUCUCCGGCCCGCCCAGUACACGCCGACGGAGUACGCCACCUACCUGGUCGGCCUGGCCGAAGACGCCGUCCGCCAAGCCUACGAGCUCGGCGCGCGCAAGGUCAUGCUCAGCGGCAUCCCGCCGUUCGGGUGCGUGCCGGCCGCGAGGACGAUGAACUGGGAGGCGCCGGGGGAGUGCAACGAGGAGUACAACCGGGUGGCGCUGAGGUACAACGCCGGGAUCCGGGACGCCGUCGGGAGGCUCGGCGCCGAGCUCACCGGCGCGCGGGUGGUGUACCUGGACGUGUACGAUGUGCCGUCCGCCAUCUUUGCCAACCCGUCGGCGUACGGCUUCGAGAACGUCGCGCAAGGCUGCUGCGGCACGGGGCUCAUCGAGACGACUGUCCUUUGCGGCAUGGACGAGGCGUUCACGUGUCAGGAUGCUGAUAAGUAUGUAUUCUUUGAUUCGGUCCAUCCUUCCCAGAGGACAUACAAGCUUUUAGCGGACGAAAUGAUCAAAACCACGCUGCAAGUAUUCCUAUGAUAUUUUGUACUCACCUACAUACAUACUCCUACAAAAUUAAGGAAAUCGGAUACGUGUGCAGGACAUCUACCUAAGUUAGUCCCGCAGUUACUAGUGGUAGGAGUAGUUUUUGUGCAGAUCCGCCGUUGUUUUCCUGGGUAACAUGAACAUCUUAUGUGGGAAUUUUCUUUUACUUCAAGGGCAGUUUAAUCUAACUAGAUGACCCGUUGCGCCAACGGUGCAAAGGGCGAGAGGGAGCUAAUUAUUUUGAGAAUAUUCAGACACCUCUGAAAUUAUAACUUCGGUUUGUAAUGCUUAGUAAAUAAAUGUAUAUAGAGUGUUUGGAGGUA